UGUAAAAUGGCUGACGUUCACGAUAUCAGUUUAACUAUGUGUUUUUCCUAGUAUAUGCUGUAUUUACAAAUAUUGGAGAGCUUCGUGUGUGUAACAGUUGAGAAACUAACUAAAUGCAAAUUGUGUUUUACGGAUUUAUUAGGUUUUGGAUGCGGAUAACUGUAGAAAUCAGUUUCGUGUUGGUGAUGCGAUACCCAGCACAUGCGGGCCACGUAAUACACGGCGGCAAUCGAUUAUAGACGAGAGCAGAAGACGGCUCCAUUAGUUUGUUACCAAAACAUUAGGAGAGGGGAGAGAGACCGGCAAAAGUGGCCGGUGGCAUGAAAUCGGAUUCAAAGUCCGACGGCGGAGGCGGCGAUAUGGGAGACAGGCGAGUGAGUAUUGGCGACGACGACAGGCGCGAACGAGACAGGGACCGUGACGCCAGGGACCACCGUGACUCCGGCGGAGGGCUCGGCGGUCGGAGACGCGGCGAAGACAGGGGCUCGGACGGAGAUGCGUCUGGUGGUGAGGAGAGCAGCGUGUGCCGCGACUUCCUGCGUUCGAAUUGCAGGCGCGGGCGGCGCUGCCGAUAUAUCCAUCCCGAAGGGAAGGAGGGGGAAGAAGCCGACAACGGCUCCCGUCAGUUCGUCUUCUGCCGAGACUACCAGAAUUCGACCUGCCGGCGAGCGGGUUGUCGUUUUGUGCACUGUUCGCGAGAGGACGAGGCGACGUACCGAAUGACGGGCAUGCUUCCACCGCACGUGUUGGAGGCAGCUAUCAUGCAGGGCAAGACGGGCGGCUUACCUACGCUGUCGCGGCCCGGGGAGGCCCCCGUGUGCCGUGAUUAUCUUAAAGGAGAGUGUCGCCGCGGACCGCAGGCCUGCCGGUUCCGUCACCUGUCUGUGCGCGAGUACCAGGAGGAGCUGGGAUACGUGAGCCAGGUGGCGGCAGCGAGCUCUCCCGCGGCGGCCGCCAUGGUCGCGGCGGCCAUGCAGCAGCAGCAGCAGCAACAGCAGCAGCAGGCGAGCACACUGCACCACCAGGCGAGUGCCACCGGGGCGGCCGCCGCCGGCAACGGGACGGCGGCAGCCGCCGCCGCGGCGGCGGCGGCCGCGGCUGCCGGGGGUGUGGGGGCGAUGCAGGGCUCCGUCGCGGCGCACCCCGGCACCGUGGCCGCCAUGUCGGCCGCGGCGGCGGCUGCCGCCGCCGCGCACCACCCCGCGCUCGCCGCUUACCACCACUUGGGGCAGCCGCCGCCCCCUCCGCCGUGGCAGGUGGGUGCUGUCGGCGAUAUCGCCAAUGGCACUGCGCAACACUACGCUGCCGUCGCACCCGAGCAGUACUUGAGGUUCGAUUUCCCGCCACCGAUGCAGCAGCCACCUCCGCCGCCGCCUUCACUGUGUGUCGGCUACGAGCCGGAGCCCAAGCGUAGCCGCAUGGACCACGCCGGCACUGCUGCUGCUGGCGGGGAGGCUGCCCGCAUUUAUGUGUUGGAGGAAGAGAAUGCCAUGCUCCACAAGAAGCUUGACGAUCUUAAAAAGCAGGUGCAGGACCUGACGGCGACGAACGAGUUCCUGCUGGACCAGAAUGCGCAGCUGCGCAUGGCGAGCAAGCGGCAGGUGGUGCCCGCGGUGAGCAUGACGAGCACCGUGCCCGGGGCAGGCCCCACUCUGCAGGUGCAGGCCGUGGACACUAUGGGCGCUCAGAUGCAGGUCGCGGGUGCCGCGCAGAUGGCGGCGGUGGCGGCUGUGGCGGCCGGCGCUCUGAGGUCGUCGGCGGUGCCCGUAUCGGUGGCGGGCAUGGCGGUGCCCGUGUCCUUAGCUGCCGGCAUCGGCGUGGCUCCCGUGCAGAUCCCGCAGUCGGUGGUGUCGAUGGCGCAGCCGCAGCCGCCACCUCCGGCCCCCACCGGGCAGCCCGGGGCGGGUGCACAGCCGCAGCCGCCGCCACCGCCGGGAGCCCCCGCCCCGCAGCCGCAGGCACCGCCUCCGCCCCCGCAGACACCCGCCAUGUCGAUGGCCGCUGCCGGGGCUGCGGCGAGUGCCCCGCUGGUGUCUUACCCGAUGGUGGGGCAGGACCUGCGCCCCGUGCUGCCGACUGGCCUCUCCCACUGAGGGGGUCUACUUGACACUGUGAACUGAAAUUCCGUCACGACUCUAGUGCAAUUUUUAUGUGCUGAUUUUGUGUGUUGAUUUCUUUUUGGUUAAGAAAUCUUUUCCUGAAAUUCUGAUUGGAGAUAGUCAAACCUAUGAAAUAGUUUUUCCAGUAAAUUUUGCCAAGUGUCAUUUUCCACAGAGAAAGCGAUUGAACAAAUAUUUGUACCUGUCAGUUUGCUGCGGCAACGGUUAAGGUGUCCAAAAUGUGUACAGUGAUAUAAUGUACGCUGCGACUUCGUAUUGUGCGGUGGAUCUGACAGCGGCUCGCUCUGAGCACUAUUUGACCCUACCUUUUACGAUUGUCGUAAAGCACGUACUCUAUCUUGUAUCUGAGUUUUCUCCGUCGUGUGUACAGUUUACUUACCUAUAUCCAUUGGCUAUUCUGUGUUUUAGUCAUUUCAGUAGCUGACUCGAAGAGCUGUAGGUAGCUGUGUGAUCGACUACUGGUGUGUAUAAGUAUUUUGGUGAUUGGUCUUUUUCACGUAGAAAUCUGUUUUCUAAUUGUGAAACAACUAUUGUCAAUUAAACAGAAAAUGUAUCAUUUACUUUUAUUGAUUUUUGUAAAUACAAAUUUGGUGUGUUAUAGUUAUGGAAUGUGUAAUGUGAAACUGAAUAUUGUUACAUAAAAUCAAGUUUUUGAUUUUCCAAAUGCUGCAAAAGAUUCCACCUGCAGAAAGAAUUUCUGCUCUCGAAUUAAAAAAUUUAAUCACGUGUAACUGAAUUGGACAUCAGUCCCGUACAGCUCUGCAGUGUAAGUAAAGUAGCACAAUAGCAUAACUUCCGAUGUGUUACUUUGAAUUUAAUUACAGGCAAAGAAUUUCUUGUUGUGAAUUGAAAUAUUGUCUCUUGAGUUAGCCUGGCACGAGAUUGUACAAGAUUGUGAAAUCAGGGAUUGUCAGAUUUGGCAAUUACAAAAAAUGUGUAUUGUGUAUGGUACAAAACAUUACACAAAUUACUGUGAAAUAAUUACAGAAAAUGGAGCUAAGAGUAAGAAAGAUGACUAGAUGCUAAGCACUUGGAAAUUAACGUGUACAAAACAAUAAAGACUACAAUGUUAUCAGUCCCUUCAUCUUUGUCUGGAAGAGUGUGACUGAAUGGAAUGAGACUUAUGGACACACAGUGGUCUCACAUUAGCCUUAAAAUUCUCUCUCAAUCCCAUCUGUGGUAGAAAAUCAGUCCCAGGUUCCGAUAGAUUCUGUUAUGUCCCUAUUUGAUUCUGGAGGCUGUCAUUUUUCUGAAAAUUCAGAACUGCGCACAAAAUACAAGAAACACUUAUUCACUGAUUCUACCAGUAUUUCUGCAUUUGUUUUCUAGUUAUAUCACUGAUAGCGGUAUUCUGUUUACACUUAAAUUUUUCUGCUGUGUGUUGAAUGAAAAAUGGAUGUGGCUUCACAUGGGUAUAUGCUCAGCUCACUUCCAGUACUGCAAAGUUCCAUGCUAUUAAGAAAGUUGCCAGUGAUUAAAAUUGGUAUUACCACAGAUGUUUUUGAUUUUGAAGAAUGUUUCAUAUUUGUUGUAUUUGAGUCAAUAUUUUGAGAGGUCUGUUUAAAGGAAAUGGGACCAGUUCCUAACACCGGUUAAGAACUUGCUCAUAUGAAAAACGUGUGGACGUUUACAAAUGGGAAAUUUGCUAUGCGAAGUCUUGGGCUAGGGAGACAGUUUCAGAUUGUAAGUCUGCUUGUGACAGAAGCUAUGCAACUUAGUUUGUAGGUAACAUUUUUCAUAUUAUACACAGCAGAAAACUGUUCUUUCUUUUUUAAAUUUAUUUUUAACAUUGCAUCACAAACUGUUAAUUGUUCUAAUUAAUCACACCAAAAGCAGCUUUUCAGUGGUUUAGGAAAUUUAUAUGACACGGGAAGAGUCUAUUAGGUUUUUCCCACUAAGAAAUAUCAUUAAUCUGAGUGCUUCAUCGAAAGAAAUACAUUUGUUAGUGAUGUUGUCACUGCGAGGAAUUUUCCCAAGCAGCUGACACAGAGAACAGGGUUCCCAGAUUGGCAAUCUGUUUGGUUCAUAGCAAGAAACAUGUACGGGAUUGAACAGGAAAGACAGUAUCAAAUUGUGUGUUUGAUGGUUUGUUGCAAUUGAUCUGUUGAUAUAUUUGAAACCUUAAAGUUCUAGAGCUAUUGCUCUUAACAGAGUUGACUAUCUCUGUGUCACACUGUGUAUCCAUUUGCGAUCAUCAGAUGGAAGAUAGAGGAAGAGGUAUUUUGCAGUGAAAUGUAGUUGAGAGCUUUGGUGGGUUUUGUUGAAACAAAUUUUAUUUUCCUCACUGUGAAAUGAUUUUGUUGUAGAAGAAUUGUUUUAUUGAAUAGUCUUUAUAAUGUACAUAAGUUUCUACAAGCACUAAUUGUGGAGUAUAUUUUAAUUUUGUACUGAUAUUGUAUUCCAUGCACUGUCCUCUGAAAUAUGUAUUAUGAUUUAAUUUUUGUUGAAGUUGUGUUUUUAUUUUCAUUUGUCAUACAUAAUGGUUUUUAUUGGUCUUACACGUAUUUGUAUAUACAUUUUACAUUGUGGUUGACUAUAUUGCAAGCGAGAGCUGUGGAAGGUGACACAGUAUUGGACACUUUACUUUCCUUUACUGUUAUUAACUGUCUGCUACAGAAUUUUGGAAUAAGUUUUUUUUCUAUUUCUUAAAAUAAAGUCUCCUUUAUACAGUGUUUUUCUCAGGUGGAACUGUUCCUUUUGUGAUCCAUUUUGUGUGUAUGCCCUCCAUCAUGUCCCAGUGCUAUUUCUGGGAUCUUAAUUUGUACAGGAAUACAGAUAUAAGAAUUUUUUUGAGAAUUCUCUUUUUGCUAGCUGUUUGAAUCAUCCAGUGUCAUAACUGUCACAUUUACACUUGGCAGUAUAUAUAGGGAUUCCAUUUGAUGCUGCAAAUAAUGUUCUGUAGCUCUGUGGUUUGGCACAGUAUAUUAUGUAAAUAAUUCUUAAUAAAAAUGAAAUUGUGGUAAAAUGGUUGGAACAUAUUUGAUGUGCAGUGCAUAUUUAUUGCUCUCUCUGCAGUAUAAUUUCCCCCCCUCUUAUAGGCAUGGUUUCAUUUAGUGCCCUCUAUGUGAUAGUUUUGUAUUGUUUCUUAGAAACUGCUAGGAAAAUUUGACAAGAGGUCAUAGAUAUAUUUUAUUGUACAUUUGUGUAUGACAAUCUCUGUAACACUUUGAAUGACUAUUAACAGAUUAACAACUGUGUGUGAUAUAACAAAAAUAUAAGUAGUAAGUAAAUGUAGAAAGUAAUUGUCCAGUGAGUGUUUCCAGCACAUAUUUGGACUCUGCUGCUCUGUCUUUACUGUGUUGGUGUUGCAGAAUGUCUGAAGAAAGUAGAUACCAUUUCCAAUUAAAGUGUAAUAAGAUCUUUUAACUGUAAUCAGAUCUGGAGAACUGUAAUCAGAUCUGGAGAAGGGCGAGUGCAGUUUCCCCAGUGUCACAUUUUUUUCAAACUCUGUGUUCACAUUAAUAAAGCUAAAAGAAAGACGAAAACUGAUCAAAGAAGAUGGGGAUAGAUGUUAGGGAGGGAGGGGUGAAUAUUCAUUUGUUCUUGGUGAAAUGGAUUCUCUGUACUUGAAAAACUGAUAGUAAUAAAGUCUGUCUGUAUUCUAAAAAACCCAGUUUUUAAAUAUGUUGUCUAUGUAGUUUCCUGUCAUCAUUUUUAUAAAUGUUCAGUUAAAUACAAAAUGUAACAACUGUUGCUACAAGCCCUUAGAAGUUGUGUAUCUUUUAAUUAUGCCAACACUGAUAAGCCUCUACGGUCUUCAGUUAUGAAAAGAGAACUAGUCUCUCUUUUUGACUGUUAAAAUAGAGGCAUGUAAUGUGAGACAUGCCACUGGAGGCAGCUCUGUCAUUAAUCUCAACAGUUCUGUUCAGAAUACUAACAGAAGAGAGAGACUUUUCAUGUAAUAAUAUUUUGUGUGUGUGUGUGUGUGUGUGUGUGUGUGUGUGUGUGUGUGUGUGGUUUUUCAGUAUCAGGGUUCUUAAUAAGAUUAGCUUAGAAUUAUGGAAAUUUAAAGUUAAAUAUAUGACAUUCUGGGAUGUACAUGUUUUGCUUCUUUGCUUUUCUUGUCUCAUGUGUGUUAAAAAAGUAGAGAUUCAAUUAUACAUCAUUGCUGUAAUCAAGUAUAAUAAACAUAAUUUUACGUUC